AAAUCACACAUUGCCUCUACUUCUAUGUUAGAUCUCCCCACCCUCUCUUCUUUCUCCCAUUUCUUCCCCACAUUUACCACCCCUCUUUCACCAUCUCUAACUCAACAAACGUUGUUUACCUCAAGCCAUGCCACCUUGGCAUCAACCAUUCUCAUUCCGCCCUCUAACAACAUCACUGUUUUAACGACCAUGAUCGGUGGACUGGAGCGCUGUCUUUGUCCACCGAUCAUGAGCAACGAGGAGGAGUAUCGGAGGAUGAUUCGGUGUGGCCCUGUGGUGAUAGCACCAUUGGGGUGGGGGAGACGAGAAGUAGUUCCAACGACGACGUACGGUUGAAGGAAUGUAGAGAAACAGGAAAAAAGAAGAAUGGAAUUUGGCUUUGCAACUACACUCUCCUUGUUUCUAGCCCUCGCUGCUCUUUGGAGCGGAGAGAUGGGCAGAAUUAGGAGAGCGUCAAUUGUUGCAUUGCACAGGGGAAUUGAGGGUAACGGUCCGAUUUACCUUUUUUUUUUUUUAUUAUUAUCGUCACUUUGUUUAGCUUUAACUAUUGUUUAGCUUCUAGGAGUAUUUUUCCUUCUUCUCUUUGUAUGUUAGAAGACUUGGGGAUGUAAGAAAUGCAUACUUACAAGGCCAGCUAGAGACCACGCAUGAGUGUGUUAUAGAAAAGCUGUCGGGCAUGCAUUUCUUACACCUAUUUCAAUAACACAAAUGUACCCCUCCUUACUUUCUUGUUGUUUCAUGAAAAAAUAUUAUUGCGACAUGAAAAAGUGGAUUCUCGAAGUUUUUUUUUCCAAUUUCGAUUCCAUUUCAAUCACAACAUUGUGAGUAAUAGACUAUCUCAUAGCAAAAGCAAAGGACAGGUAGUUCCGCUUAUACAAACAUAAGCAAUUCAUGAAGAAAUUUCCAUCACCAGAUGAGCCAACAAAAUCAAUUGCACAUCCUUGGAAUUCUUUGUUGCCCCAUCAGUAAAGUUAGGAUUCUUCAUUAUGAUUCUCUAUCCAAGAGAGUAAAUUCUGCUCUUGGGACUAAUUGGGGAAAUACAUAACAGAGAACACUAAAGUUACGAUUCGUUUAUAACUAACUGAUUCUAAAAAAUAAAGAAUCGUAACAAAUUAUAUACGAGAGUGAAAAUAUAUAAAAAUUACGUUACAUUAGGGUAAACGGGGAACAGGUUAAAGUAUACGAGAGUCAGUGAAAAUAGGUAAAAAAAAAAAAAUGUUAAAAACCAUUGUCAGUGCAAUUGAACAGCAACCGAAGAAGAAAAAGAAAGGAGAUGAAGAGCAUCCACUAAUCGGCGCAACUGCCGCCGCCGCCGGUGAUCCUGACCUGAUUUCAGCCCUUCCGGACGAAUUAAUACACCAAAUCCUUUUCCUUCUCGACUCUCCGAAACAAGCAGCGAGAACCGGCGCGCUGUCCCGAAGAUGGCUCCAUCUCUGGCGAUCUUACCCGGUGCUGGAGUUUCGACGCGAGGAGUUCGACCAGUCCGCCGCGGGCGACGCGAAAUCCGCCGACUUCGCCGCCGCAGCGGCCCGGAGGAUUUCUCUGUACUUCGAACAUUUCAGGACGCCGCUCGAUUCACUGAAGUUCGCGAUGCCGAAUCGCCAAUCGUAUCCAGAGGCCGACAUGUUUCUCGCGCUGGCGUCGCCGAUCGCCGCUCAGUACGGAUCGCCUCUCGAGGUCGCGAUCCGAACCGGCGAGUCCUACAGUUUCCCCGAGGGAUCGUUCUCGCACUGCAGCCGCACGAAAGUUCUCAAGCUCGACGGCGGAGACAUUAAGGGAUUGGGAAAGGUUUCUGUGCACGGUCUCCAGGUUCUUCAUCUCGACAAUCUCGUACUUACUGAACAAUUGCUGUACGAUUUCGUUGCCAGUGCUCGUAAUCUCGAGUCGUUGAGCUUGGGGGAGUGUUUCGAAAUUGGAAGGCUGGAGAUUUCGGUUGGUAAUUUCCCCAAAUUGAAAACCCUAAGCAUCCACGCAAGAGGGGAUUCCAAGCUUCAGGAACUCCUGCUUACUACAGCCCCUUUUCUAGAGAGUUUAGUCUUCAUCAAGGCAGGGAACCCAUGUAAGCUGAGAACAGUAUCCUCAUCUGCAGCUCCGAAGCUCAAGUUUGCAAGGAUCGAUAGCUGCGACAGGCAGUUUUCACGGCUCGAUCUGGACGAUUUCAUUAUGAAGUUGCCAUCUUUGCAGGAUCUGUAUCUCGCCCGUGUGUGCCUUAAGGACAAGCUUCUCUGCACCCUCAUGGCCAAUACUCCUAAUCUCCGGUCAUUGAGGUUUUCCUCCUACUUCCAUUGGAUUGACAAGGUAGAGAUCUCCCACGGCAGUCUUUCCAGCUUGGAAAUCGCCCCCAAGGGGGGCCAAUUCAGAUACCAGAUUGAGUUCAAGCUUACCUCAACCCCUUUCCUGGAGACUUUGAAGAUUGCAGAUUUUGUGGGGUUGUACAAGUUGAAUGUAGAAUCGCUAUCUGCAGCUCCAAACCUCAAAGUGUUGGAAUUUACUGUCCCCGAGGGGUUUACGCAGGGACAUCUUGAUGGUUUGAUUUCCAUGUUGCCAUAUCUCGAGAGUCUCUAUUUGGUGAGAGUGAAUGGGACGCACAGUGAGAUGAGGAGGCUAAGGGUCUCGAGUCAUCAGCUUCGGGUGUUCAAGUUGCGUGAUGCAUACGAAGCCCCAACCAAGCCAAUGCGGGUGCUUAAAAUUGAUGCUCCUAAUUUGGUGAGUGUUCAGUACAAGGGAAAUGGAUUAAGGUUUCCGGACAGUAUUAAUGUUCUCAAUGUGGCAUCUGACUGCCGAUUUGUAGUUCAAGGGUAUGGUAAGAUUGGCGAAAGAAGCACACAGUUGAAACAUGAAUGGUUUCUGCGAUUGAGGCAGUCUCUCUGGGCAGUGAGCCGAUUCCACCUAGUAUUGCAGCUGCGCAGCUUGGAAUUGUCAAAACAACAGGCUGCAUUCGAUUUGAGAGUAGCUGAACGCAUUUCACCUCCUUGGUUCGUUCAACGCUUGGAUCUGGAGACCUCAUCGUCGGACGUGCCUGAUGAACACAAUUGUAAUGUAUUUCUUGGUGGUUUGUUCUGGGCAUGUCGGCCUAAAUCAAUCUGCAUACCUCAAAAACAUGAUGCAGACCGUAAGUUUGUCCAGUUAAUUUGCGAGCAAUUCAAGAACAAAGAUGGUGCUAACUGUUGCGUGGGCGCCAAGUGUUGGCGACAUGAUCUAAGAGAAGUGAAGAUAGAGAAUGCAAGUUUCGACCAUAACAACACGACAAUAGAUGUUUCCCGGAAGGAGGAUCCAUCCCUGGCAAACCUUGCAGAGGUUUUGUUUAGAUUAACAUGGGGUUGAUUAUCUAUAGAGUUACUACGGUUACACGAGUCAGCUCUGUGGUGAAUUGACAAUGUUGCUGGGAAUUUUAUGAACUCUAUGCUUGGAACUUGUUGCUGGGGUGUUUCCACCUUUGUUCCAUUAAUAGUAUGAACUAGUGACCUUUUGCAACUGCAUAAAUACAAAUGCUCAUUCAUCAGUAAACAAUUUUGAUGUUUGAUUUGAAAUCUCUGUCUAUAUUUUAUGUUGGAUUUGAAAUAUGCAAGACUAUUAAAAUUGUUAUUGAUUA